AUGACUUCCAGGCCAGAAUCAAUCUCUGGUGGCUGCUUGUGCGGCUCCAUAAGAUACAAGGUGGUAUUUCCAGAGGGCGCAGCAUGGCCGGCCAAUGCAGCCACCUGUCAAUGUACAAUGUGCCGCAAAUGGACUGGAGCGUUGGUCUCCCAUGACCUUCUUAUUCACCCGUCGCAAUUUGUCGACGACAUAACCAAGUCUCCAACCUACAAGGAGUACCAGUCAAGCCAAACAGCUGUCCGAUCCUUUUGUUCUCAAUGCGGGAGCGGCCUUACCUGGCGAAUCAUUGGCAUGGACGACAUGAUAGUCGUCAUGACGGGCACUGUUGAUGAAGAAACAUUGAUUGGCAAGAAAAUCGAGGGUAGCGAACAAGGCACCGAACUUGGCACCAAGUUUGAGCGUGAAGGAGGACUCUACAAGGAGCUCUGCACGCCAAACAUGGGUAACCUGUUCUGGAACAAUGUGGUCCCUGGCAUCACCGACCAUGAUGUCGGAGGGACCAAAUUCCUGCAGUCGUUUCCGCAAGAAUGA